AUGUAUCAAAAUAAUUAUCUUGAUUUAAUUACAAAUAAUAAAGAUUAUAAUAAAAAUUGGAGAAUUUUAAGUGCUGUAUGGAUUUUUUUAACUAUAUGUUCUUCUAUUCUACAUUUACUUGUUAUUAUUAAUCCAGAAUGGAUUGGUAAUAAUAAAACAAAGUCAUAUUUUGGUUUAUAUAAUUAUUGUAAUAAUGGUUAUGAUUGUGAAUGGGAUAUAUUAAAUAUUAAACCUUUUUCUAUUAUAUCACAUAUAUCAUUUUUAUUUUACCUUUCAGCUGCUGUUUUAAAUGGAUUUGCUAUUUUUUCAAUAAUGCUUUUUGUUCUUCUAACAGAAAGAUAUGUUUUUUUGGUUGCAUCAUGGUUUCAAUUAUUAUCAUUUGUCAUGACAACAGUUGGAAGUUUUAUUUUUCCAUUUUCAUGGGAUCAUAGUAUAGCAAGAGAAAUUUGUGAUUCACAAAUAUAUACACUUGGAUAUUGUAGUGUCAGAUGGGCUUUUGUAAUGUCUGUUGUUCUUAUUUUUGAUCAACUACUUUUAUCAAUAUUAGGAUUUAUAUUAGCUAGAAAACAACCACAAAGAUUACCUGAAUAUUAUGAUUAUCUAAAUUAUUGUAAAACAAGCUCUUUUGAUGGUAGUCGAGAUGAGAAAGAAGUAUAUUAA